CAGUUGCCUCCCACCACUCAUCAGAGCCCAGAAGUCAUGAGUCAAAAGAGCGGCGGAGAGGCAGGCCCUCUCCCUUCAGCUCCUCUAGCAUCAGGUAGGAUCCUGCUUCUCCUUUCCUUAUUACUCCUCUCCAAGCAGGACUGAUCUUGCCCCACCCCAAAAAAAAAAAAAAAAACACUACUCAUGUAGCAGUCUGUACCUGUAGGCGAACACAAACACCUGCAUGCAAAAGGAAAGCCUGUCAAACAAGCAGCCUGCUGCUCUUUGAUUUUCCACAUGUGAGGAAAAAAAACAAGGCUAGAGAAGGAAGUUAAUGUCCUGUACAUGCUUGUUGAGAUUUCAUUUUACUUUGUUGUCAUAUCCUGCAGCGUAAACACACCUAAUGUGCAGCAUGUUGAGCACCUAGACCAUAAUUAUCAUCUUUAUUGUUAAUGCAUGAGAGACAAAAUUAGGGCGUGGGUAAAUGUCAUGAUAAAAUUAGAUAAGCUGAGAGAGACGUUGUUGCACAUGAGUUUUUUGCUUUAAGUGGCUUUAGUGGUCUGCAGCUGUUGUCCUGCAGGAGGAAAUCUUAUUAGCAGGUAAAUAUAGAAGUCCAGAAACUAGGUGCUGCGGUUAAUUAGCUUUCCCACUGCUCUACACGACAACAAAAGGCUCUGUUUUAAUUAAAUAAUCAUAAUCAUGUUUGCUGUUUCGGUGGGUGGAGAAGGGACAGAGACUUUGUGCGUUCUCAGGUUGGCGCUCAAACAGAAAUAAGAACAUUCAGGUUCAAAUCUUGAAUAUAAGCUAGGAAUGAGAAAAGCAUGCAAUAUAUUGACAUUUUGAAAGGUUUUUAUUUAUUUUUUUCAUUAGGUAUGUUUGUGGCGGCAUUAUAUUUUCUUGAUAGGUAAUACUUUUCUGGUGUCACAUUGGUAAAUAUUCUGAAAAAAAUAGAAGUAGUGCAACUGAAUUUUUAAGGCCUUUUGUCAACAUACGUUUGUUUUUGUCAUGAAAACUGAGAAUCUUCUGGCAUGCUAUGAAUCCCACCUUUCCUUUGCCUCUUUCUGCUUGUAGUGCAUGAAGACGAAACAAAUAUUUUUCUUGCAAUGUAUACUAAGUACUGCAAUGUUCAAUGUGUUAUACAUUUUUAGGUGUCAGUUAUAUAUCAUUAAUAGCUUUCAAACUUGCUCCAACUGACACUACCUCUUUGUGUUUGGUCCCCCCACCCUCCCCCCCUUUCAACUUUGUGUUUUGCAAACUUAUGAAACACCAGAAAAUCCUGAUUUUCAGCAGCAGCUUAACCCCUCUGUGCUCCAGUCAUUAUCUAGAUUUCCAGCCUUUGUCAGCAUGUUGGAGCAACUUUUGUUUUUGGGCCCCAGUGGUGGGAGGGGGAUACCAUUGCAUCAUAUUGUAAUUUUUCUUUUUCUUGAAUCAAUCUUUGCUGUUCAGCUUUUAUUGCUCAUUUGCUGUCUCACUUUUAUAUUCCAGGAAGUUCCCUCUGAAGCAGGGAGUGUCUGCAUAUAAAAUGGUCUGCAGUUCUCUGCUUCGUAGAUGCCUUGUCCUCUUCUCUGACCACGGAAGGGCCUCGCAGUGCUUUUUCCACCACUUCCAGCACCACCAUGCAUUCCAGCACUUCAUCCAGUGACCAGAACACAGCUCACAGCAGAAAUGUGGAUUCAGAGGACAGCAGGAGCAGCCGAGUGGUACCGGAGAUCCUCGGAGCCGAGGCCGGUGGUGGUGGGAAGAGCGUCAACGGCGAGCAGGCCGGAGGACGCGGUGGAGCCUCUCAGGACGGACAGCCACACCACCAGCUGACGCCGUCCAAGCGCCGCACCAUCCUCAACAUCUCCCCGCCUCCACAAGACCUGUUCGACGACAGCCACAUGUCCUGCCAAGAUGAGGUGCCGCCCUUGGACUCCGAACAGAGUAACAGCAUCUGGAUGGAGGACUCCAUGUCCAACUUCAGCAUCAUGAGCACUUCUUCGUACAAUGACAACACAGAGGUCCCACGAAAGGCCCGCAAGCGCACACCCCGACAGAAACCAGGGUCGAAGGCAGCGCGUGCGUCGGAGGCCAGCAUGGACGUCUUCGAUGCAGACAGCGCCAAAGCCCCACACUUUGUCCUGUCUCAGCUCGGCCCUGAGAGCAAGAUGUCAAUUAAAGGAAGCUCUGAUGAUCCUCAGACAACUACGCAGAAGGGAGGGUCCCUUACGAUGCAGUUUCCACCAAAAUGUGAGGGGAAGGAGCUUAAAAUCCUUGUCCAGCCUGAGACUCAGCACCGGGCCCGCUACCUAACCGAAGGGAGCAGAGGCUCGGUGAAGGACCGCACUCAGCAGGGCUUUCCUACUGUAAAGCUGGAGGGCGUGAGUGAGCCAGUGGUUCUCCAGGUGUUUGUCGGCAAUGACGCCGGGCGCGUGAAGCCGCACGGAUUUUACCAAGCUUGCAGAGUUACCGGUCGCAACACCACUGCUUGCAAAGAGGUUGAUAUUGAUGGCACAACUGUGAUUGAAGUAUCCCUUGACCCAAGCACCAACAUGACACUGGCGGUUGACUGUGUUGGGAUCUUAAAGCUUCGUAAUGCUGACGUCGAGGCUCGUAUCGGCGUGGCCGGGUCAAAGAAGAAGAGCACACGCGCUCGCUUGGUGUUUCGGGUCAACAUCCCCCGCCCGGAUGGAUCAGUCCUCACUCUGCAGACUCCCUCAUCUCCAAUCCUGUGCACCCAGCCUGCAGGUCUGCCAGAGAUACUGAAGAAGUCACUGCACACUGGUUCAGUAAGGGGUGGAGAGGAAGUGUUUAUCAUUGGCAAAAACUUUCUGAAAGACACUAAAAUCAUAUUCCAAGAAAAUAUUUCCGAUGACAAGUCAUGGAAAUCAGAGGCUGAGAUCGACAUGGAGCUGUUUCACCAGAAUCACCUGAUCGUGAAAGUACCCCCAUACCAGAACCCGGCCAUCACCUCUCCCGUCUGUGUGGGAAUCUACGUGGUGACAAACGCUGGCAGGUCCCACGAUGUUCAGCCAUUCACCUACACUCCAGACCCAGACACUCUUGCAGUGCAAAAUGAAAUUCCUGUAAAGAAGGAGAUGCCCUCUCCAGUGAAGACCUGUUCCUUUGAUGAGCAACUCAAAGCUGUAGAUGGUGCCUUGAUGCCUUCAAUGCUGCCUUUAGUGAAGAGAGAAGAUGUCACCCCGAUGGAGGUAACAAACAACCUUCAGGCCUCUGGAGUAUUUAAGCAGAACGGUGACCUUUGUGCACCCCAACCAAACCAAGAUGUGGCAACAGCACAUCUAAAUAAAAGCAUAGUUUUCAACAAUAACCUGCCUCAGUCUGCAGGCGAUCCAGAUGAAACCCAGGCUGCUGCUUUUACGAACGUGGAGGCUUUAAGCACCAUCCAGAAGCAGGAUAUUGCUGCUAGCAACUCAUUCCCCUUGCCGACAGAGUCUCUCCUCCCACAAGGCUCCCAGCAGUUCCUCUUGGAGUCGAGAGACGGUCUCAUGAGAGAGAGGUCAGGCAGCACUUCUGGAGGAGUGGGCAGGCUGUGUGUUGAACCUGCACCCCAGCAGCCUCAGCUGCAGCUCUUUCCAGCAGAUGAAGUAGCUCAGCUCGAGGAGGCAGUGAGACAACUUAAAGCCAAAGGAUACUGUAACUUACCAAUUCAGACGGACAACUCCAUAAGCAAACAGCAGCAGCAACAGAUCCAACACCAGCAACAGAUCCAAAACCAGCAGAUUCAACAGCAACAACAGCAGCAAAUUCAACAGCAGCAACAACAACAACACAUCCAGCAACAGAUCCAGACCCAGCAGAUUCAGCAGCAGCAGCAACAGCAACAGCAGCAGCAGCAACAGCAGCAGCAGGUUUUGGAGAAUUUACAGCAGCAACUGUUCCAGUCUCAGAUCCAGAUGCAGUGUGGCAUGUUUCAGGAUGCUGCCCAGGCCAAGAACUCAGACCUUCAAGGUUCACCACAAGGAGUGGUGUCUAGCCAGGCAUCACUUUACCCACCGGAGCAACAGCAGCAGAGUCAGCAGCAGCAACAAGCUGCCCUUUUUCAGCAGGCGAACGAGCUUUGUUCCAUGCAGACCGGCUUCCUCCAGCAGACCCCCACCCAUCCCUCGCCAACCAUGUUCCACAAUCCCAGUCCUCUGGCUGAAACACAAGAUCCACAGGCGUCGAUGUUUCAGAAAGCCUCCCAGGAGCAGGUCCAGGCUGCUCUCUUCCAAAGCACCAUGACAGUGCUGCAGUCUCAAGAGCAACAGCAAUCCCCCACUGGACUCUUCCUCCCCCAAGCACCCCUGCCCACCCAGCUUACAACCAGUAGUUCUCAGCAACAGCAGCAGCAGCAGCAACAGCAGCAGCAAGAGCAGCAGCUGGCCUUCCUUAAUGCUCUACAAACCUCACCUCCAGAACCACAAUCAGUAUUUCAGACCCAGGCCCAGAUGUCCCCCAUGCCGCAGAGAAGCCCCAUGGAGCAGCAGUCGCCCCAGCCUCCGUCGCUUACACAGCCUUCCCCGCAGCCGGCCAUGUUUCAGAGCAUAUCCCCUCAUUCAUCUCCAAACACACUCACUCCGGGCCAACAGCAGCAGCAGCAGCAGGCCAGCUUAAUGUUCUGCAACAACAACCUGCCCACACAACCCCAGGCCCCUAACCUCCUUUUUACCAGUCAAGGCCAAAUGCCUCCCCUCACCACCAGCAGUCUCGUUUCACAGGAGUCCCCAAACCCCUCUUUGCUGUUUUCCCAAGCCAACAUGGUGACCGUAAAUCAGCAGAACCAGCCCGAGCCCAUGGCCUUGGGGAAUCCUACCAAUUCACCACAGCAAGUCAUGUUUCAGGAGCAGCAGCCAAUGCAGCUAGGUGGCAGCCCCAACAACCAGCAGGAGCAGCCAGUAGGUCUCUUCAUCCCUCCACCCAACAUGCCUCCAAUGCAGGGGGGACUGGCCGUGCCAGAGCUCACUCAGUCGGCCAUGUAUGCCUCCCAGAACGGCGUGGCAAACCUUCCAACGACCACCUCCUCUCCUGUCCAGCAGCCAGGAAGUUUGUUUCAGCACAACGUGAGUGUGAGCAUCAGUCAGCCCAGCCAGCCUCAGCAGCCUGGCCUCUUCAUCUUCGGGAUGCAGAAUGAAUGUGGCCAGCUUAUGAACAAUCCUGGAAACACGGUUUCGGAUCAGAUCAUAGCAAUCAGCCAGUCGGGCCAGAACCAGCAAGAGAGCGAGGCUCGCAUCCAGUCCCUGCUCAGCCAGUCUAUGUCCCCGUCUGGGACCACUGCACAGGGCAGUAUGGAGGUCUCUCAGAACAUGGAGAAGAUCAAUGACCUGCUCGUCAGCCUGCAUGAGUCAGGCGGCCCCCUCACGCGUUCGUUUUGAAUGUCAAAUCAAGCUCAUGAGUUUGGAUUUUUUUUUUUUUUUUUUUUUGCCUGAAGAAAUCUGGAAAAAAAUCGUUAAAUAUGCAGGAAUGGUCCAAAUGUUGUGUGUGAUUACAACAUGCAGGUCUGCUCCUGCAGCACCGAGGACGUAUUCAGACAGCUUCUUCUUCUUCUUCUUUUUCAGUCAAAAAUAUUAACGAUGAAUGUAAAUAACAGUGACUUUGAAGACAAGCUGGAGCUUUUCUUUAUAUGCAGAUACAUAUGCCAGGAUUUAGGACUGGGUUGACGAUGACCAAGUAAUCAUCUUUUUUUUUUAUAUAUAUCUCACUGACUGACUAAAACUCAUGUGCAAAUAGUGACUAACUCCCUUGAGUCUGAUCGGAGAAGUGGAAAUCAAGCCUUUUUCUUUUGCCUUUUCUCUGGAAAGACUUCAUCAACAUGUCAGACCUGAUAAUCAUUGAGCUUGUUUUUAACUGUAAAUAAGUAGAAAGUGAUGUUAUCUAUAGCAUGCUCCAGUUUUUAUGGUGUUUUUGUAAAAUGUCUCCCAAAGAGUUGUCGGUUUCUGUGAAUAUAUUUCCCUUAAAUAUUUUUUUCUACUAUUUAGUUUUGUCAUUAUGUUGCAUGAAAGAUGGGCUGUGUGGUACAGCAGAUGGGAUUUAGAUGUGCGGCAUGUUCGGUCGAACUGGAAGGUAGCUACUGUUUGAAAUGGUGCAGAUAGUCUGCAAAAGCGGUCUAUAGAGGAAAGGAAAGAAAGCGAAGAAAUGUUAAGUUGAAGAACUGUAGAAAUGAACAUAAGAGUUUUAAUGUAACCUUGGUUAAUAUUUGCGGUUUGAAGCAGUCGGCUUGAACCUGUUGAUAGCAAUAAAUUCAGUCGAGAUCUCUGAAAUACCAAGAAAAGGAGAUUUUGAUUUUUUUUUAUGUGAUAAAUAAGCUUUUUAGGUGCUAUAUACAUAUAGAUAUAUCUAUUAAUGAAUUUACAUAAAUUAUGUAGAACAUUGCUUUUUACACAAACCUGUAUGAAUUUGCCUGGGUUUAUGCUGAAGAGAUAACGAUGCAGUGAAGAUGGCUAAACUAAGAGACGUGUUUUUUAAAUUUUAAACGUUUUUAUUUAUUUGUGUAUUUCAACAUGUUAUCUCCAGCAACAUGUGAGCCAGGCUGCAGAUAUACCAACACCUGUGGUCUGUUUAAAAAUGUUCUGGUGCAUUUGACAAAUCCAGGUUACAACCUUCUAAAAAAAAAAAAAAGACCGAUGAUGUUGCUCUUUCACCACUCCUUUUAUAGAGGGCGCUGCAGUCUCAUUAAUAAGGGUGAUUUUUUUUUUUUUUUUUUUCUCUCUUUAAUGUCCACAUUUUGGAAAAAUCCUUCACAGCUUAAAAAAUGUCUUCAUCCCUGGGUUAAAAAACAAACAAACAAGAAGGCAUUGUUUGUGAGAAAAAAAACCCAUCUCUGUUUGAAUUUCCCUUCAUCUGUUUUAAUCCUGUGCGGCACAUUAACAGCCAUUUUGUAGUUUCAUUAUCAAAAAUGUUAGUUUUUCAAACUGCAUCCAAAAAUUGAACAAAUGUGCAUUAUAUUUUAUUCAAAUAGUUUUUAAUUUUUAGUUUUCAUUUAUAUAUCAUCAAGAGUAUACAACUAGAGUAAAUCCUUAUUAACUUAGUGCAUCACUGUUUUCAGUGAAACAGAUCAUUGGUUGUUUCAGUGCCUUCUCGCUGGGCACACAAGAACUGGAGUAGUAUUCGUAAACUAGCUAGAAAUGAGCCUUAUAACCAGUUUUGUAAAUACUUUGAGUUGAGUGAAUGUUUAGCAUACUUUGUCUACAGCUGAACGUCCUCACAUGGGUUAUUGCAUUAGAAUGCAGAAAUUGUGCACGUCGAAGCUGUACAGACCUCGUGUCUUUUGGUCUGCUGGUGGUCAGUGGCUUCAACGCCAAAGAUCGACUCUUUGUGUACAUCCUGAUAAAGUGCCAGUUUUAUGGCUCAUUGAUCUGUUUUGGUUUUCUCCUUUUCACUUUAAGUUUCCGUUUAAGGUUUGCCUCUUGACAAUCCAAAAUUCAUUUUUGUUCUGUUCCUACACUUUAUUGUUGUUGUUUUUCUCUCCCUCCUCAAGACAAACCAGUUUGGUUGUCUGUAGUUUUCUGCAAAUGCAUGGACAAACAAGAGGCUGGUCUCCUAUAAUUGUCAAUAGCUCUUUUUUUUUUUUUCUUGUUUUCUGUGUAUAUUUUGAAACUGAUGCAUUAAGACCGUUACAUUUAGUAUUCACUUUACAAUCCCAAACAGCUGUUGUUUUAGGAUGCCGUUUAUGUAAACUUGACUAAUGUGAUUUGUGGAGCUGUGGAUGGUGUAUGUCAGGGUGAGCAAUGUGAGUGGUGGUGUUGUUUUUUUAUUUUUAUUUCAAAGGGACCUUACUCCUGAAGGAAACAUGACUUGGGAGUGAAGAGCUUUCUGGCUUUCUUCAACUUGUGAAAUAGAAGAACUAUUUCCAAUGUUGACUAUUUAUGAUUUGUGUUUGCUUUUGUGUGUAGAGAGAUAAUUAUGAGUAUACUAACUUUUUUUUUUUUUAUCACAGUAGUAGUUAUGCAUCUUAACAGAGAAAUCUAUCUAAUUUAUUUGUGCGUUGGUGGUUCUUAGAGUUGUGUCCUGCAGUUAUGGUUGUUGUUUUUUUUUCCUUCUAACUGUAGUAAUGAAUGUGAUUAUUGCCCCUCUACCCUUUUCAUCCGCUCAUUCCUGUUCCAGCUGGGAGAGCCCCGCUCUGGGACCAGUCUGCCGCCGGGGAGGAGGCGGCCGCCUUCUACUGUGACUAAAGUGAAUGUCGUGUUGCUGCACUUGGUUAUCGUUGAAUCAAAUCCGGUUGGAGCUCAGAAUGUAAAUAUUACAUGCUCAGCAAUACCAAUAUUUACUGACUUGCUUUUAAUUUGUUACUCCCUCUUUUAAAGUCUUUAAUGAAGCCGAGGGGAAUCUUUUUACUCUGUUGUCCACCGAUGAGGAUACUUACACCAGCUGUAACUUUUCCAAAUUCUCCAAAGCGCCUAAACUUCUUGUACAUGUUGUUUUUUGCAGCUGUUACUAAACUUGGGAAAACCUCAGAUGGAAAAUUUAAGGGUGAACCAUCUUGCGCUGCUGGUGGUGGUGCCUUUUUUUAAGGCGAGCGAAAUGCUUUAUAUACUAUGAAUAAUGAACAUAGAAAUUACUGUGCAUAGUUACCCCUGUAUAUACCACCUAAGUGUACAUACAAACAUAUGCUCUAGACUCUGCUGACCAAAUAGUUUUUUUUAGCAGGGUGCCAUGCUGUCAGACCAAGAAAUUUCAGUAUUCAUUGUGAAUGUACCGCUCACAUUGUGAAUUAUGGAUGGAAAAAAAUUCUUUCUUGUAUCCAGAAUCUUUUAGCGGCACAUACAGAAAAGGUAAUUACUUUAUUGAAAUUACAGUUUUCUAGUCUGUGUACGUACGACUUUUAUUACAGUCUUUGCUAAGUUAUGGAGAAGAGGGAGAUUUUUUUGUGAAAGUUCUCAUUUUUAUCUGUUCUUUGCAUUUGAAGUUUUUUUUUUUUUUUUUUUUUUUUUUACAUUUAAAGAUAAUUUAACUCAGUCACAGCUAAUCUUACAUUAUGCACUCUCAGUAAAAAUUCCUACAACACUGCAGAGAUUGCACGCAUACCUUGAGAAGAGACGACUGUUGCAACCAGGUUGAAUUAUUGCUGUUGCCUUUUAAAUGUCUAACUACAUCCUCAGCUAUAAAUUUAAGCCAUAACGCCUGAAGUGUGCUUUGAGCGUUUGACAGUUUUUGCAAUUGUCAUUUUCCUAAACUUUGUAUUGACGAUUUUUCUCAUUUGCAUCUGUCCCAUUUAUACAUAAAAAAAACACAUUGCAUUUAUGACAAGUAACAAAUGCAAACACAUUUUUCUCAGAAACUGCUAUGCAGCUGAUAUACUUUAAUUCAAGAUCUAUAUAGCUUUGUGUUUAAACCACAGAAGAGAAGCUGAAGUACAUAUUUUAUUAUUUAUGUUGCUUUAAAAAAAAACUGUUCUUAUGCUUUGAUUGAAGCACAAUGAUAUUUCUUCUCUCAACAGUAAUCAAAGUUGUGAGGCUCUUUUUUUAUUAUUUUUUUAGACUGUUCUCAGUAAGGAAAAAGUCACAAGCUGUUUGCUUUGUGGUUUACCACCUUGCUUGCAGGGUUUGUACGAAGACCUGUCUGGUAGUUGGUCUUGCUGUUUACUGGAACAGUGGUUACUCUGAGGCGAUCUGCUCUAUUGUCUUGUGUUUUCCAGUCAGCAAAAAUCCAAAUCUGUGCCUAUCGGAGUUGUUUUAAUGGUAACACUGACCUAAAGAAAAAUGUAUAUAGUUUUGAAAUUUGAUCCUACUACUCCUUUGCAAAUUCUGUAAACCAGGUCAAAUCAUUCUUCUAGUAAACAGCUGGGAAAAAUGUUUCUCACCAUUUGAGCAACUGUUAAUCGUCCCUCGUUAGGGGAGGGGGGAAAUCGAUGUAUAUAUUUGGAGUUUGUUUUUGUUACUUUUAUUUUCUCGGAAUUACAUUUUGUAAAUUUACUGCAAUCUGUAAUUAAACUAAUAUACUUUAAA